CUCGUUUUCUUCUCCUCUUUUCUUUUUUCUCCCUCUACUUUUUCUCGCCUCCGAACGCUUCUCUUGGUCAAGAACGAGAACGAACGAGAGGGAUGGCAAAGAUUCUCUAGGAUCUUUUUUUCUCACGAGGCGCGCAAUGCUCGAAACAUCGUACUGUCGUGCUCGCUCGCCAAACGCGAGAAACAAAACACGGGACGAUUGACCGACUGGUCCUGCUCGCCGCUCGUCGCGCGCGAGGAAGGAGAUCGCGCGAAUCACGAAACGGACCGCGCCGAAGAGCGUGUACUCGGAAAAAAAGAAUCUCUCUCUCUCUCUCUCUCUAUCUUGCGCGAGCUUGGCCGCGUAUACGUAUAUAUAUAUAUAUAUAUAUAUGUGUGUGUGUAUAUGUAGAUGUGUAUAUAUGUAGUACGUGUGCGCGACUAACGGUUGUUCGUUCGUAUAUAUCGCGCAAUUUCUUAGUUCGAGAUUGCGUUCUUCCUCAAUGGGGACCACGAAAAUUGCGGAAACGGAACAGCAGCUGAUCGCGUGCGUACAUUUAUUUACAUCACAGUACCAAUCACGCACUCCGUCGCUGCGUCGUCGUCGUCGUCGUCCUCCUCCCCCUCCUCCUCCUCCUCCUCUUCCUCGUCGUCUUGUAUCUUCGCGUUGUAGUUGCACUAAAACUUCCCGAUCGUCGACUUGUCGUUCGACACUGCGGCUCGCGUAUCGGGAACACUCUUAAACAUUAUUAGCCUCGACGUGCGUGCGCGGGAUCCUUUUCGUUCACGAUCCUUCACGGUGAUGAUUAUAAAUUGUCUCUUGCUAUCAACGCGCCUCGUCCGCGAAUAUUUCGCAGUCCUUCAUACGUGGAACAAACGAAUAAAUCAUUCGAACUGAGAAGAGCUCAUCCCCUCGAUGCGGUGUACCAAUGCGACGCUGAGGAAUACACACGCAAAACGGGACCAUAGCACGGCGAUACGCGAGGAGAAUUGAAACUUUGUACGAUCCUCUGUAUAACCUCAACGUCAUCGAAGACGAUUAAUCAAACGCCGAAUGAACUUGGGAGUUGUGCUGAGCUGAGCCUGGGCCAUCGCCUUCUGUAAAAGCGUCCGAGCAAAUACAAAUCUGGAAGGAGAAUAGUAGAAAGCAAAAAGCAGAGAUAAAGAGAGCACGUAUGAAAGAUGUCUUUGACAUUUCAACAAAUUAUAUUAGAUGCCAAAAAAUUGGUCAUUCGAAUUUCGGACCAUGAAAAUACAGCAGAUACUCUGAUAAGCGAAGUAGAGGCAGUAUGUGGACAAAUUGAUAACAUGAAGCAGUAUCAAGAGGAAGUAGAAAUUUUAAAUACAGAAGCUAAGCAAAGGCCACAUUUGCAAUUAAUUGCUGGGAUCCAAAGGGAGAACAAACAUUUGCGAGAAAUACAGGCAGAAAAUAAAGAAUUGAGAAAUGCAUUAGAAGACAACCAACAUGCACUUGAGCUUAUAAUGUCCAAAUAUCGACAACAAAUGGCCUCUUUAUUACGUCUCAACAAAACCGAUUUUUCAUCAUUGUACAAUUCAAAAUAUGCCAACAUAAUAACCAGUCAAGCAGAAAAAAUUAAUGAAAUGGCAGCUGUAAUGAAAACAGCUGCUGCUUUAGAUGAAGAAAAUGAAUUAAAGGAAAAGGAAGCAUUUCAUUGUUUGAAAGAAGAGAACGCCACACUUCGAGAAAUAAUAAAUAUUGCAAAUAAGUAUGAUUCCUUAAACAAAGAAUGUUCUGUAGACAACAAAAUUGUUCAAACGGAUUUCCCAAUAGAUUAAAGAAAUUCGCUCCUAGAUCAUUUGAUCCUUUUUAUAAAAAGUUGACAGUAUUUAUUUCACGCACAAAAUUUCAUGACAUUAUUAUUAGAUAAAAACUAUUAUAGGUAAGAAGUGUAUGUGUGCAAGUUGUAGUAUGUAUAUAUAUAUCUCUAUUAAACAUUUGUAAUAAAUUGUAUAAUCCAUUUGCAACUAUA